UAUGUUGUUUUUCAGCAAUGGCAGAGCUUUGGCUGGAGCAUUGAGAGUGAAGCAGAAGAUAGAAGGCUGAUGCACUAUAUGUUCUUCAUCUCAAUUAGCUGUGGUGUUGUGCUAUGCAGCUUCAUCUGGGCAUAUUUGCCUGACCCUAGGGGCCUGGACUGGGCACAUCGGGAGGCAUUCCUGCAGAUCCAUGCCCGUGAGUCUGCAGGCCUGCCGCUGCUUGACCCCAACCUGGUGGAUCCGGCCAAGAUUGAGCUUCCAUCAGAUGAGGAGCUGGGAGACACGAGGAUCAUCAUCUAGACGAUGGCACCGCACCCCCGUAUUGUACAUAGUGACGCGCCGGGCCGCGCCGGUGUGUGAUUGAGGAACUCGGAGACCCCCGAGGUGGUGUGCUCCCAUGCCUGGUGAGAAAUAGAGUACUG